AUGACGAUAAGGUGCAGAGAGCCAGGUAUCAAUUCGAACGAACUUUCUGUGAAUGAAUACACGAUACAUGCCCCAGAUUCGCAAAGGAUGUCUUCCGUUGAAUGUGUUUGGUUUUACGGAAUUAAACGCCCUCGUUCUCAAACCUGCCUGGAUCAUCUGAGGGCUGGUAUUGGGAGAAGUUUGGUGUUAAAAGAACAGAACCAACAAUUGGCAAUAAACCUGAUUUUGGCCUGGGUUGACAUACAGCCUGCACGAUCUGCAGGUACAUACUGCAUGAAUUCAAAGAAUAUUCAUCAUGUUGGAACAUUCUUUCUUAUAAUUCUGUUCCUGUUUGCCGACGCUCAGAACUACUGGGAAGAUACUAGAGCCGGGAAAAUCCCCGCAUGCCUCACAACAACUUGUGAUAGGAAUGACACUGUUUGUGAGUGCUAUCUCACAAUUGAACAUCGUUUAACAAUGAUGUAUGAAGAAUCACAAAAACUGGUUGUUCCAUUAGGAGGACAACUACAUGAAUAUGAUAGCCUAGGUUCCCCAAUAGAUAACAUAGAGGAGUUGCCAUUUAUCUUGACGGCGGACGGAAACAAUUCCAGACUUGUUAUCGCUAUAAAUCGGCGCUUUCCAGGACCACAGAUUACUGCGUACGAGGACCAGACACUGAUCAUCCAUGUUCGCAACCUGAUGCACACCGAUAGUACUACUAUACAUUGGCAUGGCAUGCACCAGAAAGAUACCACAUACUCCGACGGUGUUGCUUUCGUUUCCCAGUGUCCGCUGGGACACGGCCAGGAGUUCACUUACAAAUUUAAAGCCAAGCCGCACGGUACCAGCUUUUACCAUGCCCAUAUUGGCGAUCAGAGGACCAUGGGAUUGUAUGGAGCUCUUAUCGUAUAUCCCAAACAAGAACUUCCUUCCACAACCAAAGCAGAACACGCGGCCAUUAUUCAGGACUGGAAUCAUGACGACGACGCGGCUAGUUUGUAUCAACGCAUGCUGUAUGGUGUGUUCUACCAAUCGAGCCGAUCUCGAUAUCAACCAACUGCUUCGAAAGAUGGUGGAAUGUAUAGUAGAUUUCUGUUUCAUUCUGGUCUUGUGAAUGGAAAGGGGCGAUAUUACAUCUACGGCAACACACACAACCAAGCUCCUCUGACUAGGUUUGACGUGAUUAGAAACAAGUGGUAUACCUUUAGAGUCAUCAGCGCAGCCACCCUUUAUCCGUUUCUUGUUUAUGUAACUGGUCAUCCAAAGCUAACACUUAUCGCAUCGGACGGGUUUGCUCUUCAGGAGAUGGUUGUUGAUGCUUUCGUCAUUAAUCCUGGGGAGAGAUAUGAUUUCAAAAUAUUUACAAAUUCGACAGAUGGAAAUUACAUGCUUGUAGCGCAGACUUUGGAAAACAACAAUUUUCAUAUAGCAGAAGCUAUCAUCCACUAUAGGAAUGUUCCUGUUGAAUUGAAUCCUGGUCGACCGGCGGCCCUGAGCUGUUCUAUGGGUACAAAAUGUAUCAUUUUCAAUUGUCCAUACUUAAGUCCUAUCAGCGGUGGUGAAAGUUGUAAGACGUUUAACGACGCAAGAACCGACGAUUUUAACUCUAAGCCAGAAGACGUUACCAACAUCGAUGAGGAACACUUCUUCAACUUUGCUUUUCCAGGAGAGGUGGGUGAUACUCCUGCGUCUGUCAAUGGCCGUCAGUUCGUACCGCCAAUUGCGCCAUUGUACUCGCAGCCGAAUGAUCUUACUACUGCUUGUUCUCCUAACUGUGCUGAUAAUAACCUUUGUACAUGCACAUACACACAGGAAAUUCAAAAUGGGAGAGUAUACCAGUUCACACUAACCAACCUCGGGAACGGCAAAGGGUGGUCACAUCCGGUACACUUACACGGUCAUUCGUUUUAUGUCAUGAAGAUUGGUUUCGGAAAGUAUAACUCAGCAGGUGUUCUGGUCGGUUCGACACCUGAUAUAUCCUGUGAUAUUGGAUCUAAAGGCUUCUGUAACAAUCCUGUGUGGGCUAACGAGACAUGGAGAGGAGGAAACGUACCGGGAUUAGUUCUCGACAAACCCGCACAGAAAGACACCAUUAUAGUCCCUACCGAUGGCUACGUCGUCAUCAGAUUCAAGGCAGAUAACCCAGGUGCCUGGUUCUUCCACUGUCACAUCGACCUCCACAACACGAACGGGAUGGGGAUGGUUAUCCUGGAGUCGCCUACGAUGUAUCCCGACAUACCAAAGGGAUUUCCGACCUGUGGAACCUUCAGAACCUUCAGAACGGAUACCCAACCGUUAUUAGCCGCUGGGCUACAAAAUGUGAACAUGUUACAAGGGAAAAUAAUCUGGAGCAUAACACUGUCCUCAGAAGCAUUUCUUGACCAGCGGGUGGCUAUCAUACUUGAUGGUCCAUACACCUAUAUCCCUAAGAGUUAUGAUAACAAGCUCAAGAGAAUCUCCUACUGUGGCAAGAAGAAGCAAAACUAUUUGAAAUUCACGAGCAUAGCCCUGUAUGAUGAUUACAUUCUGGACACAGAAGGGCCCUUUCAUGGAAGCUUAAAUGAUGACAAGAUUACAAAAAGCCAUAAUGGAUAG